UUUAACUUACUCGUUUGGCCAUAAGCCCAUAACAAACAAGAAGAAUCUUGAUAAUAUAAUAUAGAUAAUUUCCCAAUAAUUUUCUAAUCCCACAAUCCAACUUUAUAUUGCUAAUACACCCCCCAAUAAAUCACUACUCCAAUUUUCUUGACUCAAAGAAAGCUUGAAAACUCUCCAUUAAUGGCAGCAACUGCAACUACAUUGCUCGAAACCUGUCAAAUCCAACCUCCGAUUUCCGAUGAUGAGCUGUCGCUGUCGGUACCUCUUUCGUUUUUCGACAUAGCAUGGCUGCACUUCCAUCCGAUUCGCCGCCUUCUCUUCUACAACCACCCUUGUUCCAAACCCUAUUUCCUAGAAACCCUAGUUCCAAACCUCAAAGAAUCACUCUCCCUCACUCUCAAACACUAUCUUCCAGCAUCAGGCAACUUACUCUACCCUAAAACCGCCACCACCGAAAAAAAGCCCGUUUUCCGAUACGUCACCGGCGACUCAGUUUCUCUGACAAUAGCCGAGUCGAACAACGAUGAUUUCGACGAGCUUAUUACAAACCAUGCGCGAGAUGCUGACCGGUUCUACAACUUUGUGCCCGAAUUCCCACCGGAAAAAGACGAACUCGAAUAUAAAAUAGUCCCUCUUAUAGCCCUGCAGAUAACCCUAUUUCCGAACCGUGGUAUUUGUAUUGGUUUUGCUAACCAUCAUUGCGUUGGCGAUGCGAGUUCGAUUGUAGGGUUCGUUCGAGCAUGGGCUUCGAUGAACAAAUGUAAUGGAGACGAGGGUUUAUUUCUUACCAAAGAAAGUGAAUCUUUGCCGAUUUUCGAUAGAUCCUUCGUUAAAGAUCCAUUACAAAUUGAUAGAAUCUUCUGGAAAGUACUAAAAGAUGCUCCGUUAAAAUCGUCGUCUUUUCAACUGCCCACAAAUAGGGUUAGAGCCACGUACGUCCUCCACCCGGCCGAUAUUCAAAAGCUAAAAGAUUUGGUUCUGACGAAAAAACCAGGAUUAGUUCGUGUUUCUUCGUUUGUCGUGACGGUGUCCUAUGUUUGGACAUGCUUGGCAAAAUCCUUGGAGGAAAUCGAAGACGAUGCGCUCGAAUUCUUUAUAUUCGCAGUGGAUGUUCGUGCGCGGAUAAAUCCACCCGUGCCUGCUAAUUACUUUGGGAACUGUUUGAGCUACGGAAGGGCGAUAAUCGAGCAUAAAACGCUAGUCGGAGAAUUAGGGUUUUUUGUUGCCGCAGAGGCUAUGGCUUUGGAUAUCAAGAAUAGGGUUAAUAAUAAAGACGAGGUUUUGAAAGGUGCGGAGAAUUGGAUGUCCGAUAGAAAGAAAUUUAGCGGGGCCGUAAGGGCGGUUGGGGUUUCCGGUUCGCCGAAGUUCGAUUUGUGCGAUGCGGAUUUCGGGUGGGGAAGGGCGAGAAAGCUUGAAGUUGUGUCGAUUGAUGGAGAGAAGUAUUCGAUUUCGUUGUGCAAGUCGAAUGGUUCGGAAGGAGGAUUGGAGAUUGGAUUGUCUCUUCCAAAGGAGAGAAUGGAAGCUUUUGCAACUAUAUUUGCAGAUGGACUGUGAUUAAAUUUGACAACUAUAUAUACAUGUGUUAAACUUGUCAAAUUUUGUGUAUAUAUUAUUAAUCUUUAUGUAUUUCAUUUAAUCUGCUGGAAUAGAAUUUGUUAAA